AUGAAGUCCUUCGCCGUCCUCGCUAUUGUCUCCAUGGCCAUGGGCCAGAGUCUCUCCGACCUGCCCCAGUGCGGUCAAACCUGUAUCAACAACAUGAUCUCCAUUGCCACCAGCGAGUUCGGCUGUGCCCAAGGCGACGUCUCCUGCUACUGUAACAACGCCGACUUCGGCUAUGGUGUUCGCGACUGUGCCAGCGAGGCGUGUGGAAGCCAGGACUCUGCCGCCGUCAUCGCCUACGGCAACUCCUACUGCCAGGGUGCCAUCUCCAGCGCCGUCUCCAGCGCCGGCUCGUCGGCCUCGAGCUCCGCUUCCGGCGCCAGCGUCCUGUCCUCGGCCGCAUCGACUGCCUCGAGCGCUUCGGCCUCGGCUACUGGUACUGGUGCCAGCAGUGCCAGCAGUGCCAGUGGCUCUAGCGGCGCCUCGAGCACCCCCAUCUCGACUCAGCCACUAGUCGCGACCCUUUCCGCCUCUGGCACGACCAUCACCACGACGACUGGCCUCUCCACCCUGUACACUGCCGUUGGUGGCGCCGCCGCCUCUGCCAGUGCAGGCGCUUCGAAUGCCACCGAGAGCGUCGGUGCUGCCGCUUCGUCUGCUGCCGCCUCUGCUUCGGGUGCUGCCAGCUCUGCUGUUUCGUCGGCCUCGGGCGCUGCCUCGUCUGCCACUGACAGCGCCAGCGCCGCUGCCUCGUCCGCUACCGCGAGUGCCGGCUCCGCUGCCUCCAGCGCUGCCUCCAGCGCAUCUGGUGCUGCCUCGUCUGCGGCCGGUGCCGCCUCUUCGGGCGCUGCGUCGGCUACCGGUGCGGCUGCUCCCUUGAAGACGGCCGGCUCCAUGCUGGGCGCGGCAGGUGUGGCCAUGCUGUUUGCUCUGUAA